UGUCAACCAGUUCGCGGGAGUUGUCACUUGAGGAGCAUUAUUCCCUUUGAAACUAGAGAAACCGCAACCGGGACACGAGCAGGGCAACCAUGUCUGACAGAAAGGCAGUGAUAAAAAACGCCGACAUGUCGGAGGACAUGCAGCAGGACGCGGUGGAGUGCGCCACUCAGGCCCUGGAGAAGUAUAACAUCGAGAAAGAUAUCGCUGCAUACAUUAAAAAGGAGUUUGACAAGAAAUACAACCCGACCUGGCAUUGCAUCGUUGGGAGGAACUUUGGCAGCUAUGUGACUCAUGAGACGAAGCAUUUCAUCUACUUUUACUUGGGUCAGGUGGCCAUUCUGCUGUUCAAAUCAGGCUGAGGGGGAUUCAUAUUUUUUUUCCCAACACCACCUGACCAUACAUACAGUACUGACUGACUCGAUAAAGGCACUUAUCAUUCCUUGGCAAGGGGCUGCUGCCUUUUUUUGUGCUGCUUUCUACUUUGUUCUGUUUUAAGGUUAAAAGAAAAACCCAUGGCCAUGUUAAAGAGAUGAAACGCGUCUAUUUAUUUUUGUCCUGUUACAUGACAUGUCAUUUUUUUAAUUAAAGCAUAGCUGUUAAGCUGUCUGGGUCCAAUGUC